AGGUAAAUAAAGAUGAAGGUUCGGGUGAAACCUAAGCAUGAGGCAGGAGCAGCUGUCAAUUAUAUAUCGAGGAGGGAAGCUCUGAAGAAGCUGCAAUUGUCUUUGAAAGACUUUAGGCGCCUUUGCAUCCUCAAGGGCAUCUACCCUCACGAACCCGCUCACAAGAAGAAAGUAAACAAGGGAUCGACUGAGAAUCGCGUGUGGUACUACAGAAAAGACAUCAAUUUUCUGGCGCAUGAACCGAUCAUAAACAAGUUUAGAGAGCAUAAGGUCUUCCUGAGGAGACUGAACCACUACAAGGCAAAGAAGAACGAGUCCAAAGUGGAAAAAUUAUAUGCGAAUAAGCCGGAAUACAGUCUUGACAGGGUUGUCAAAGAACGGUAUCCUACCUUUGGUUCUGCUAUUCGCGAUCUCGAUGAUGCCUUGUGUCUCUGUUUUGCUUUUGCGACAUUGCCGCACACUCGUAUUCUCAAAGAAGGGCUCAUUGACAGCUGUCGACGACUUACAGCAGAGUUUAUGCAUUAUGUUAUAGAAGCACAUGCCCUCAGGAAUACGUUUAUAUCAAUAAAGGGCAUAUACUAUCAAGCAGAAAUCUGUGGCGAAAAAGUCACUUGGAUUGUUCCACAUGAGCGUGGCUUACCGCACGUUACGGAUGUUGAUUUCACUGUUAUGGUUACAUUUGCUGAAUUCUACGUUGCAAUGCUGGGAUUUGUAAACUUCCGCCUGUAUCAAAUGAUAGGAUUAUACUAUCCGCCUCAAAUUCAAACUGGUCAGAACGCUGUUGCCGCAGAUACCACAAAUGAGGAAGAUGUUAUGGAGAAAGUUUACAGUCUAGCGCGGCCAUUGGCAAAGAAGGCUGAUGCUGACAAUGACAAAGAUGAGGAGGAGAAUUUCGAAAUGUUUGGUGAUGAUGAUAACGCGUUAGCUGAGAAAGUGAAGGAGGCGAAAUCUAUAAAAACCCUUUUGAAAGGAUUAGUUUUCUUUUUGAACCGAGAAACACCCAAGGAAGCAUUGACUCUCAUCAUCAGGAAUUGUGGAGGGAUUGUAGGAUGGAGUGGCGGACCAACUUCCUUAGAGGAAUCAAGUCCAAAAAUCACGCAUCAUGUUGUCGACAGACCAAUGACGAAGUUUGACGUUAGCAGGAGGUAUAUACAGCCCCAAUGGGUUUUUGACUCUCUGAAUGCUCGGCGUAAACUGCCAUGUGAAAAAUAUAUGCCUGGUGCGCAGUUGCCUCCGCAUUUCUCACCGUUCACUAGCGAAAAGCCAGGAGAUUAUGUGCCAAUGGAGCGGUUGGAGGAGCUGAGAAGUCUCGGCCAGGAUGUUUCUGCUCUUGUGUCAAGCGAGCCAGCCUUACCAUCCACUUCCAAGCCUAAGAAGCUCAAAAAGCCACAAGAAGAAGAGAAGGGAAUGCGCGUUACACUUGGAAAGAUGCACACGAAGAAUAAGCAGCUUGAGAUCAAUCAACAGAUGCGCGAAAUGAUGAUGAAGAAGAAACACAAACGAGUGUACCAUAGCAUACGUCAAAAGAUGAAAAAGGAUAAGAGUGGAGCACUGAAGUUGAAGGAAAAGCCAAAUUUGAACAUUGCAAUUAACCCUUCACAAAUGAAACACCACAAUAAGAAUGCCAAAAAGAAAAUCAAAAUCGAACAAAUACUUUUUCGAGAGCGUAGCAGAUUAUAUAAACAUAGACGGACGGAUUCAAAAGUGCAAAUUUGGCAGAAGAAACGAAGACAUGAAGAUAAAGCAUUUGUCAAAGGUUCAGCAACCAGACUCGACUUUUGUGUGAAAAGCGAAAAGUAG